AUGGUGACUGUUGGGGGCAGAGAGGGCAAUGACCCGAGCAGGCAAAACCUGAGCAACAUCAAGAUCAAUGGCACUUCAAACAAGACAUGGACCAAGGUUGACAGCACAUUGAGGCAAACACCUGGCGUUGCCACAACGUUUGGUUCCGUUGCUUCAGUUGUGGACAAUGGCUACAUAGACAAACAGCAAGUGAGGCAGAACAUUCCCACAAAGAAGCAGUUCGUUGACUCGCAUCGCCAGGGAAUCAUAACUGAAGGGGGUGUCGGGUACCAGCAGACUAUCGUGAUUCGGUCUUAUGAAGUUGGUCCUGACAGGACCGCCACCAUUGAGAGCAUCCUAAACCUCUUCCAGGAAACGGCAUUAAAUCACGUGUGGAUGUCGGGUCUUUUGAGCAAUGGAUUUGGGGCAACGCAUGGAAUGAUGAGGAACAAUCUGAUAUGGGUUGUGUCAAGAAUGCAUGUUCAACUUGAUCACUACCCCAUUUGGGGCGAAGUAGUUGAAAUCGACACGUGGGUUGGAGCAUCAGGGAAGAACGGCAUGAGGCGAGACUGGCUGAUCCGCAGCCAAGCUUCGGGAGUGACUUUUGCUCGGGCAACCAGCACUUGGGUGAUGAUGAAUGAGCAAACAAGGCGCCUCUCGAAAAUGCCAGAGGAGGUAAGGGCCGAGAUCUCGCCAUGGUUUAUAGAGAAGCAAGCAAUCAAAGAGGACAAUCCUGAGAAAAUAGUCAAGCUGGACAGUAAAGCCACGUAUGUGAACUCUGAUCUGAAGCCAAAGAGAAGUGACUUGGACAUGAACCACCAUGUGAACAAUGUUAAGUACGUGGGAUGGAUGGUAGAGACAAUCCCGGAUGAGUUCUUGGAAGCUCACCAGCUUUCUAGUAUAGUACUCGAGUACCGAAGAGAGUUGGGUGGCUCAGACAUAGUUCAGUCGCUUUGCGAACCUGAUGCCGAUGGAAUUCUCCAGAGUGGUGUUCAGCACGACAGUUAUCAGGUUAACAUGCUCAAUGGAUAUUCCCUGGCAUCUGAAAUUUUUCAGGGAAGUGGACUGCUGGGAUCAUUCGGCAAGACGACGAUGCCUUUCAAGUACACACACCUCCUCCAGAUCGACGGUGAGUCUGAAAACAAGGAGAUCAUUAGAGGAAGGACCACAUGGAAGAAAAAGAUUACUUCCGUGCCGUUUCCGCCACGUUAA